UGACAAGGGCAGGCAAAGACACAGUAGUCGUCUUCUUUGUAGGGUUUUACUGUUGGGCUGUUGGCUACUGCCCUCUCCCAUUACCCUCAAACGACUCGUUUCCGCCAUCAGUCACCCGCCCUCCAUAGAAACAAUGAGGCACCCAGAGGUUCUGUGGGCUCAGAGAUCAGACAAGGUUUACUUGACGAUUGCAUUACCUGAUGCUAAAGACGUAUCAGUGAAAUGUGAAGGUGGAGGAUUAUUUAGUUUCUCUGCUGUUGGGGUUCAAGGCGAAUCCUUUGAUUUCAGUUUGGAACUCUUUGGAAACAUUGUUCCUGAGGGUUCUAAAACUAAGGUUGGGUUGAGGAACAUUAUAUGCUCAAUCCAGAAAGAAGAGAAAGUCUGGUGGAAAAGGCUGUUAAAAUCUGAAGGGAAGCCUGCUCCUUACAUUAAGGUGGAUUGGAACAAGUGGUUUGAUGAGGAUGAUGAAAAGUCAGCUUCUGAUGCCUCUGAUGACAAUAAUGCUGGGUAUGAAAAAGAUGAUGGGAGCAGUGAUGAUGAAGGAAUGCUUUAUCUUCCUGAUCUUGAGAAGGCAAGGGGAACUUGAUGACAAUCAAGGAUCAGUGUUGUUAAUGACAUGGAAUUGAAGUUCCAGGGAUCACAGAACUGCAUGCGUGCACCUCUUGUAAGAGUCUGAGACAGCCGGGGUUUUACUCGCUCACCUGGGCCCACAAAGUGCGCUUUCCGGAAGGUGGGGUUUCCUCAAAUCCAAAAAAAAAAACAUUGCUGAACUACUAUAACUGAAGACUGUAUAUAUUAGAUGUGCAAUUUUAGUAAAAUAGAGGCUGACUUGUAGGAUUGAACUCUUCUGAAACUACUUCGAGUUAUCUGAGGUUUGACUUGUAUCCCCCCCUUUCCCUGAUCUUGAGGCUGACGGGAAUUUUCAAAACUUUACCAACACUAAGGGACUUUCAGUUACUGGACACCAUGGUACCAGUUGCUUGACUGGAUAAAGGAUAUGAUUUAACUACACUCACCUAUAA